GGUUGCUGUUGAUUUAUUUCUCUCUAUAGUGAAAGGUAAGGUUUCAAGUGUCAAAGAGAAGCAAAUCUUCAUUUUGGAAAUGAAAAUACAUUUACUGUCCCAAGGGCGGGGGGAAAAAACAAAAGGAUGCUUGCCAGCGCCCUGUAUCCUCUCCUGAUGCCACUGGUUACUGAUCUUCAUCUGCCUGGGUUUGUGAAGAGACCGAAGUGGGACGGGCAAGGAGGGGAAAACUCUGGCACCGUCCCGUUCUCCACUUUUAAUGAGCGCUGCUGCGAUCACGCACGAGUAAAAGUUCAGGUGGAAGAGUCUAAACGUUUCCACACACGUCCGCUGCUCCGCACACUUGAUGUCAGGGUUCGGGCGAACAGUGCGCAGGGAAUUAAGUUCUAUUCACUGAAUCCCGGAGGAUUAUUUGUUACUUCAUCAGGUUGCGAGAUUAUACUGGAACAUCUGGCUGACCUGCUGAACCAGCACGACACUCAUCAUGAUCAGGGCAUCAAUCACUGCCAUUUGCCUCGUGCUCCUCCUCUCCUGUGCUUGCCGGGCCAAGCCCAACGGAUCAAAGACCAAGAAACCAAAGCAAGUUGUUCCAGACAUAGAGUGUGAUGUCAGGGCCGGAAAGAUCAACCUCCCUGAGUUCAUCGCCAAGUGUCCUGCACAAUGCAAAGAGACAAAGCAGCAAGUCUACGGGACAGGCGUGUUCGCCUCCAUCUCCAGCAUCUGCAACGCUGCCAUCCACAGCGGCGUCAUCACAAACACGGGAGGAAAGGUGAUUGUGAGGAAGAUGGCCGGGCAGAAUAUUUAUAAAGGCAGCAACUCCAAUGGGGUGCGAUCACUGUCUCUCCCAAAAUGGAGGGAGUCAUUUGUUGUUUCAGUGGGGAAGCCUAAGAAAGGAGUCAUCUAUCCUUCUACACUGGACUAUGUGCCUUCAAGACCAACCUAUGUGAAAACAAGUCAAAGGGAGGCCAAAUCCCCUGCGGUGACGACAGCACUGCCCACGACAACUGCACCUGCACCCACCACAACUACAACGCCUGAACCCACCACCACAACUACCACCACACCCGUGCCAACCACCACCACCACCACCACCACCACACCGCCACCCACGACCACCAAAGCCCGAGCUGCUGUGCACAAAGUCAGGGACGCAGGCAGCAGUCACCCAUACCUUGCCUCUGUGGCAGCCGCGAGCUCAAGGAAGACACAAACUGUGCAAGGAAAGAGUCCCAGCCAAGUACUCAGAGGAGGUGCCUAUCCGAGUAGAUUUCCACAGCGUACCAGUGCAGGUCUGCGGAGACCAGAGCCGGGGUCUGCAAACAGAAGGCAGCUAUCCUCUCCAGCUGGUCCAGCUUUUAACAGGGUUCAACCAGGCCCACCCGAGCGGACUGCGACCAUGAGGGAGUCAAACCCCACUCUUUCCAGAAGGGACUGGGCGCACGCCUCCUUCCCUCGUCCCGAUUGGUUCACUGGAGCUCGAAGACCAUCAGACGUUAGUCAUGCGGGUCCAGACGCAGGAUACACGUGGAGCGAGACAGACACACCUGAGAUAAGCGCUCGGGAUCACAGGCCUGAUAUGUCUGAGUAUGAGCGCUGGUAUUAUAACUUUGGACCGCACCCUCCACGAGCCCCUGAUUCAGAGACCAUCCGAAAGAUGCCAGUGGACACAACCCAAACUCGAGUGGAGCCAGUGGAUGCCUGGAAACCAGAAGCAAACAUUUAUGAAUCAGGCUUUGGCGUGAGGGAGCAAGAGCCUCCACCUCGAGCAUCUGAGCCUUCGCCACAGGGAGACCCAAAUUGUAAAGUGGACCUGGUCUUCCUGAUGGACGGCAGCUGGAGCAUUGGGAAGCGGCGUUUUAAGAUCCAGAAGGACUUCCUGUCUGAUGUGGCUCAGACCAUCAACGUGGGUGUAAAUGGACCCAUGAUGGGCAUCAUCCAAUACGGGGACGACCCCAUGACCGAGAUCAGUCUGAAGACGUACUCCAGCUCCAGAGAGGUGAAGUCAGCCAUAGGCAAGAUUGUGCAGAAGGGAGGACUUUCAAAUGUGGGGAAGGCCCUCUCCUACAUCGAUAAGCACUACUUCAGCGAUGCCAAUGGAAACCGAGGAGGAGCUCCUAACGUGGCUGUGGUGCUGGUGGACGGCUGGCCCACGGACAAGGUGGAGGAGGCGUCUCGACUCGCCCGUGAGUCUGGCAUCAACAUAUUCUUCGUCACCAUUGAGGGCCCUGAUGAGAGUGAGAGACAAAACCUGGUUGAGGCAAACUUUGUAGACAAGGCCGUGUGUCGGACCAACGGCUACUACUCCCUGCCCGUGACCAGCUGGUUUGCCCUGAGGAAGACCGUGCAGCCCCUGGUGAAGCGAGUCUGCGACACAGACCGCCUGAUGUGCAGCAAAACCUGCCUCAACGCCAAUGACAUCGCCUUCGUCAUUGAUGGAUCCAGCAGCGUGGGAACGGGCAACUUCCGCACGGUGCUGCAGUUUGUCGCCAACGUCACGCGGGAGUUUGAGAUCUCCGACACGGACACGCGAGUCGGCGCCGUGCAGUACACCUACGAGCAAAGGCUGGAGUUCGCCUUCGGACAGUACAACAACAAGGCAGAGUUGCUGAAUGCCAUCAAACGCAUCAACUACUGGAGUGGCGGGACCAGCACUGGUGCCGCCAUCACCUACGCCGCAGAGCAGCUCUUCAGCAAAUCCAAACCCAACAAGCGCAAGGUCAUGAUUGUCAUCACGGACGGUCGCUCCUACGAUGACGUCAGGGCUCCUGCACUGGCCGUGCAUCGCCAAGGUGUGAUCGCGUACUCCAUCGGCAUCGCCUGGGCAGCCCAGGACGAGCUGGACUACAUCGCCACAGACCCCGACAAGGAGCACUCCUUCUUUGUGGAUGAGUUUGACAGCCUCUACAAGUUUGUGCCCAAGAUCAUCCACAACAUCUGCCAGGAGUACAAUUCACAGCCCAGGAACUGAGGACGCACGGACGGUGGAGGGGAGGUGUAAAGAGGGACGUCCUCACCGUGGGGCCGUCUUAACAGGACGCUGUUUGUAAAUUUACUCACGCUGUUGCCCAGAUGGUGGUAAUGGAUUGGCUGCAGCUCCUCGUAUUUAAACAGGGGAGAGGUUUUGAAUUCAGGUGCGAAACAAAUCUCAAAGUGAAUCAGCAUUUGGUCCCAAAUAUACCUGGGGAGCUAAUUGUAAAGGUUUUGCACACGUAUUGGCCUCUCGUGUGGUGCCAGUUGCUCUUUGUUGCCGCCUUUAAAAAGAACAGUAUUCCUAAAUGUUUAAAAAAAAAAAAAAAAUUUCAGUUGUGCAUUUUUUUCCCCCAAAUGAUUCAAAGAUCAAUUGUAUCAUAGAACAAACAUCUUUUUUUUUUUACUUUAUCAUGUAAACCUUCAACCUCUGACCCUCUGGAGAAGAGCUGCAGAAAAUUUGACAUUAAUCGUCAAUUUUUCAGUUUACCCAACUACUCAUUUGACUGACUGAUUGAUUUUGUGACAUGCUGGAGGAGCAGAAGGGAGUUCUCGACUAAAAGCACAAAUGCGCAAUUAAUCUUAAAUAAUAGGGCCCUUAACGACAACUGCAUAAAGGCUGUCUUAUGAAGACUGACUAACAAACUGAAAGCUGUCUUAUCGGGACAUGGUGCUUGCAGAGAACUGUAGAUGCAAAGCAUGCCUAGCACUUCCUUUAUAAACUUAAUAUGGUGCUUUUUAUACAAUUCUCUGUAUAGAGGAUAAACUUUUUGCUGUUUUUUUUUUUUAGAAAUGAUGCAUUUUUGAUCUUCCUAAUAGGAGAGAUUUGUUGUUAGUCAGGACAUUGUUAUAGUUCCUCUGUACGACAAAGGUGUUCAAAUACAAAGUAGGAAGAAGGUGAAAAUGAGACUCUUUUGCAACCAACAAGUGAAUGUGAUGUAAUUAGUCAGCAACGUGGAAGAAGGAAGUAGAAAUGUGUAAGACGUGGAGGAGAAAGAGAAGUAUAUGUUCGUGCAGAGCGAUGGCAGAUGUUCAUUUAGCCUGGAGUAAAAAUCAAUGCUUUCUGUUUUGUUUUUAAGAGUAUUUAUGAUUUCCUCCAUUAAGACCUGUUUUGUACAUAUGCAUAUUAAAAGCCUUUUGCUAAUAAUGUUCAGAUAAUGUUUUGUUUUUUUUUAUUUUUGGAGUUUUUAAUAAAAAUAAAAGUGAAAUUAAA